AAACUCAACUAGAAUUAAACAAUGAAGAAGAAAUGAAUGAAGAUAAUUAUGAACUUGAGGAAAUUGAUAGUUAUAAACUGAAGAUUGAAACUAAUUUUGAAUUACAAAGAAGAAUUUUAGUUGUUAAUGAAGAUUUAAGAGAAAAAUGGAGUGAACUCAGUACAGCUUGCUUUGCUUGUGGUCUCAGGUAUUUGGUUGUCGAAUUUGAUUGUAGUAUCUUUUUUGGAAUCCUAGUAUGGCUUACUUUACUUUAUCUCUUUUGGGAUCCUAAUACAACUUGCUUUGCUCGUGAUUCUAAGGGAUCUCAAAAGAGAAAGACUCUCAAGAAGUUCAGACGUUAUGGAAGGGUGUGA